UUCUCGCUGGCCAGCAUCGCUGCCUUACACUCAAACACGUUUGCUCAGGAAUUUACCAAGACCGAACGCCAGGCGGCUGCACGUGCACUGCUCAGACAUGAUGCCCACCUUGACGGCACUCAUUUUCAUACCAGGAAACCUGCUGGCCUUCAUCCUUCAUACAUCGCUUUCAACUCAUACACGACUUUGGAUGAGAAGUCUAUGACACACGAGGAAUUUGUUGAGGUAGCAUUGCAGGACCUCUUUGAUGCAGUCGCAAUGCAAGACCGUCUCGAUGGCAGGAUCUCUCUUGUCAUUCAUUGUCCCGGCUCUCAAGCUACACCAACUCUUUCACCAGAGCAUCUCUCUCUCUCGAUCUCUAUAUCA